UACUAGAAAUAUUUUCUAUAAGAAAUAUACAAGAUUAUUAUUAUCCCAAUUUUAAUCUUUAUAUUUUAUACUACUAUAAUCUUUACUAGCAUAAAGAUUGUGGUAGACUCCGGCGUUGUUCGUGUGUCAAAGUUGGAGACCGGACGCUUGAACGGUUACGUUUGCACUUUCAACGCUCUUCCUACGACUUCUUCGUUUUUACCGCUUACGGAUAAAGAAAGCUCAGAAUCAAUAUCGAGGGUUAUUGAUUUGUUAAAAAUAGUGGGAGAUAAUUAAUUAAAGGCCUAAUUAAUUAUUAAACAUGAUAGAUAACCUAUUUUGCAAAAUUUUCUGUAGAUGGCAAACAACAACAACCCUUUCAACCUGCGUUACAUCCAGGAAAACAACAAGUUAUCCGGGACCAACUUUCUUGACUGGGAGAUGAACCUCCGAAUCGUUCUUAACUGUGAGAGGAAACUCUACAUCCUCGAAACGGAUCCUCCCAAGACCCCUGAUGCUAAUGCUCAUGCGUUCAAACUCACUUCCUUCAAGAAGUAUGAGGACGACGCGCGAGAUGUAAAGUGUAUCAUUAUGGCCAGUAUGACCGCGGAGCUCCAAAGGCUCCACGCGGACAUGGAAGUGCGUCCUAUGAUACAAUGCUUAAGAGACCUUUACCAGGGUCAGCCCCAAAACUCAGGAAUUUACGUUAUCAAAGUCAAUAUGUCUAAUAUCACCUCUUGGGUGAUGGAUACUGGAUGUGGUUCUCACAUCUCAGCACACACACUCAACAGAGUUCCAUCUAAAGCUGUCGAGAGCACACCAUACGAACUAUGGCGUGGGAGAAAACCGAGUUUCNCGAGGAGGUGAAUACUUAAGCCUGGAGUUCGAUGACUAUCUGAAAGAGCAUGGGAUCUUAUCCCAACUCACUCCUCCGGGGACACCUCAGUUAAAUGGAGUGUCUGAGAGGAGAAAUCGGACUUUGCUAGACAUGGUCCGGAGCAUGAUUAGUCUGACAACAUUGCCAGAAUCAUUUUGGGGAUAUGCAUUGAAAACAGCAGCACACACACUCAACAGAGUUCCAUCUAAAGCUGUCGAGAGAACACCAUACGAACUAUGGCGUGGGAGAAAACCGAGUUUCUCGUACUUUAAGAUUUGGGGCUGUGAAGCUUAUGUAUAGUAAAACGUCUCAUGACGU